GGAAACCUGCUCAGCUUCUAAUCACCUGGAGUCGUGUCAGCACGAGGCGCGCACACACACGCGCUCUCACAGUCUUCCACAGCCUCUCAGGUGCAAGAAAAAUGCGAUUAAUGAUGUGCCAUGAAAUCAAGCCGCCACGUCGUGAAUGCAACACACAGGCCACAUUUCGCUGCCAUAACAUAAAACAAAAAAACAAGUGUGUAAGACAAAAAAAUAAUAAUAAUAUACAGAAAAAUUAUACUAGCUGUGUUUUAACAUUAUGCAUCACUCGAUCGAAAGCAUCCUCUUUGUUGUUGUUGUUGUUGUUGUCGUCGUGGGUCCAUUUUGCUUUACUCAUCCUCCCGUCCGUGCGGCUGAUGUAAAGCUGCAUGUCAGGCAGCGGUGGACUGUUUUCAUUUUCAUCUGCAGCAGGGGAGACGAACACCUAAUUUAUUGAUGAUACCCGAGCUCCGCGAGAUUUCUGAUGGAAGGGAAUGAAUUUCAAUGAGCAGCAGUGACUACUUGCUCUGUUCCACUUACAAUGAAAACCGAGGCCUUCCCCGAGGGAUUCACUGGACCAAAAAAUUCUAAAGAAAUCGUCUUAUUUUUGGUUAAAUUUAGUGAGUCGAUUAAAAUCUCGCUUUUUUCUUUUAACAACAUCAUCCUUACAAUAUUAAAAAAGAAUAUUUACAGGCUAAGUAAUAUUUCCAAGGGCAAAACUGACGAAUUAAAAUAUAAUCCUGCUAUUUCAGUUAUUUCGUCCCUCCGGACUGAUUAUUGCAGUUAGGAGGCGCGUCGCCGGCAGCUCCUUGUCAACACCAGCAGAUCGCUGAGGUUCAGCAACAUGUGACAGACAGGGAAGGACGCUGGAAACGGUUUAACACUGAACAGGCCUUUUUAACACGCACGCCUCUGGCUCGAGUGUGUGUGUGUGUGAGACAGACAGACAGACAGACAGACAGACAGAGUCCUGUCUGUUUCGGUAGGCUAAUAAUAAUAAUAAUAAUAAUAAUAAUGAAUACUAGGGUAGGUUAUAUGUAAAGAAAUACGAUACUAGUGUCACACAGCAGCCAAACAGACCGUUAUUUCACUGUGUCCAGGUUUGGGUGAGGCUUGGGGUCAUGCAAGUCGAACAAGAUCUUUGGACAAUAUUGGACGAGAGCUGGGAUCUCAUUUACUGCAGACCUUGGACGGAUUCAUCUUUGUUGUGGCUCCCGAUGGGAAGAUCAUGUACAUUUCAGAGACAGCGUCUGUCCAUUUGGGACUGUCUCAGAGUUGACCGGGAACAGUAUUUAUGAAUAUGUCCACCCAGCCGACCACGACGAGAUGACAGCCGUGCUGACUCCACAUCAGCCCUAUCACUCACAUUUCGUCCAAGAAUAUGAAGUGGAGCGCUCUUUCUUUUUGCGGAUGAAAUGUGUGCUGGCAAAAAGAAACGCAGGCCUCACCAGUGGGGGAUACAAGGUGAUUCACUGCAGCGGCUACCUGAAGAUCCGUCAGUACAGUCUGGACAUGUCGCCUUUUGAGGGCUGCUACCAGAAUGUGGGCUUGGUGGCUGUGGGUCACUCUCUGCCGCCUAGCGCUGUGACCGAGAUCAAACUGCACAGUAACAUGUUUAUGUUCAGAGCCAGUUUGGACAUGAAGCUCAUCUUCCUGGACUCCAGGGUGGCAGAGCUGACAGGUUAUGAGCCCCAGGACCUGAUAGAGAAAACCCUGUACCAUCACGUCCACAGCUGUGACAUCUUCCACCUCCGCUGUGCACACCACCUCUUGCUGGUAAAAGGCCAAGUCACCACUAAGUAUUAUCGUUUCCUGGCGAAGCAUGGAGGCUGGGUCUGGGUCCAGAGUUACGCUACAAUAGUCCACAACAGCCGGUCCUCAAGACCUCACUGCAUAGUCAGCGUCAACUAUGUCCUCACGGAUACUGAGUAUAAAGGAAUGCAGCUGUCCUUGGACCAAAUGAGCCCCACCAAGCCAGCUUUUCCCUACGCUGACAGUCACAGUGAAGACAGGAAGAGCACCAAGUCACGUCUGACCCCGGCAAAGGCCAAAGCCAGAGUGUCACCCUACCCACAGCAGUUUUCAGCUUUCAAUCCAGAGCGCUCAGAAUCAGACCAAGACAGCCAAUGGGGAGGCAGUCCACUGACCGACUCUGCAUCUCCGCAGCUGUUGGAUCCCAGUGAGGGUGCGGAGGCAUCUUGUGCCUACCGACUGUAUCCAGAUUCAGGCUCCCUGUGCUACAGCCUGGGUCUAUCUGAAGACGACCUUGCCCAAACACAUCCUCACUCCACCACCUGUGACCGUGUGAGACGCCAGAGCGGCCGCUACUUCCUAGGAACCCCCCAGUCGGGAAGAGAGGUGUGGUGGGACGCCACACGCUCUGUGCUCUCGCUGCCAAAAUCAUCUGUGGACAACAGCGAGGGCUACGAAAUCACAUCCUACCAUGGAGCCAUUCAUGGACGAGGCCACUGGGAUGAAGACAGUGCAGUGAGUUCACCUGAUGGAGGGUCCACCAGUGAUUCAGGUGAGCGUUACCAUGGGGACCACUUUCGAGCAACUCCACGAGAGCCCAGCAAGAUGGAGACGCUGAUCCGAGCCACACAGCAGAUGAUCAAAGCGGAAGAGAGUCGUUUGCAGCAACACAAGGCGCCGCUGGACGUCUCAGGCCUCGCCAAAGCCCACAGUCCGUGCUUCACCUCCUCACUAUCCCACCACUCCCAGCUCACCAUGCCCAGUGUGGUGUGCCGUGGCCCAGGAGCCCCCAGCAUCGACCUUCCUUCCGAACGCCUCCAUCACCGGGACGCCGUCAAAGUGCUUGGUCCACAUGACAAUGACGAAAAAACAACCAGUCCAGCUUCUCUGUCCCGUCUCAGCAGCCCCAGCUCAGACGGAAUCCCCAGGUCGGGACUUUCCCUUACCAAAGACUACAUGCAAACGGAUCUGUCCCCCCACCCUCCACAGCCCCAGGGGAGCCCCCUUAUCUAUCCAGCCCAGGAGAGGCAGCCACUGGACAGGCAAGCAGCCUAUGCUUUGACUGGGUACUCCCUGGAGCACCUGUAUGACCCGGAGAACCUGCGCAGUUACUCAGGCCUGGCCUGCGGAGGAGUCCAGUAUGAUGUGGCAUCCCAUGUGAGGAUCCAGGCUGAACAGAUGCAGGGACACAAGGCCACCUCAGUUAUCAUAACCAAUGGGAGCUGACGAUUUCUGCUGCAGAUAAGUCCUGUUCUCUAGAUGAGGAUGCUACAGUAAGGUGGUGCUUUAUGCACAUGCAAACACUGACCAGGUGCUUCAUACAAACGGCAGGACAAAAAAAAAAAGAAAAAAGAAAAAAAGAA